CAUAUAAUACUUCAAAAAUUAUCCUUUGGCCUAAAAUUGUGAGGAGUUAUUUUAUUUUCUCUCCAAGACACUCUCUCCAUUUUCUUUUUGAAUUUAGAAAAAAAAAAAGACCACGUGUAAAUAUACCCGCCACUGAGAAACGUUUUCAGUUCUAUUUAUAUAUUUGGGCUGGGAAAACUGAGAAACCAACCUCUAUGGAGAGUGUUGAGCCUUCGCAUUUAAUACAAGAAUAGUCUAUUUUGUCCUCAAUUCCAAUCCACUAAAUAAUCAACCAAAAAAUGGCUUCUACGCCUUUCUCUGCCAAUUUUUCUGCUCCUUUUCAUGCUUCUUUCCAAACAAGGCCUACCCAAAAGCAUUCUAAUUCUACUUUAUUGUCUUCCAUGGAACUUUCGGUUCCAUCAGCCAAAUUGUCACUUGGGUCCUCUAAAUCAGCCUUUUUCCAUUCUGGGAUUUUUUCGCAAUCAUCCAACUUUUUUGGGAUUUUCGUGAAGUCUCGAUCUUGGGGUGUUUUUGCAAGAGCAGCUACUGAUAAGACUCUCCAUGACUUCUCUGUUAAGGAUAUUGAAGGGAAGGAGGUUCCUCUUAACAAAUUCAAGGGAAAAGUUCUUUUGAUUGUCAAUGUGGCUUCUAAAUGUGGUUUAACGACCGCAAAUUAUUCGGAGCUAUCACACUUGUAUGAGAAAUAUAAGACUCAAGGACUCGAGAUACUAGCUUUCCCUUGCAAUCAGUUUGGUGGUCAAGAACCUGGAUCAAAUCCAGAAAUCAAGCAGUUCGCUUGUACAAGAUUCAAAGCCGAAUUCCCAAUUUUUGACAAGGUCUAUGUAAAUGGACCAAACACAGCUCCAGUUUAUAAGUUUCUGAAAUCUAGUGCUGGAGGUUUUCUAGGUGAUGUGAUAAAGUGGAAUUUCGAGAAGUUUUUGGUAGAUAAAAAUGGGGUAGUUGUUGAGAGAUAUGCACCAACGACAUCUCCUUUUCAGAUCGAGAAGGACAUACAGAAGCUACUUGCAGCAUGAACACAGUUGCACAAGUAAUCGUUGCCACAACAGCCCUGUUCUAGGGUGAAAUGAUUUCUAUGAUCAUACACAAGCCUUUUUCGUUCUUAAGAUUUAGUAAUGCAAAAACAAAUUUGAUGUGUUUACAAUUAAAUAUUUGAACAUAAUUGUAGUUACAGGUGUAGUAUUUAUAGUUACAAUUUUCUUACUACAACAAUUAUAAUUACUGUUGCUAUUUUCCAAUAUGGGGAAGAAGUGCCUUUCGUCUUAAAAUGGAAAAUCAAACAUGUUUUUUUCAA